AUGGAGCCCCCCAGCUGCAUUCAGGAUGAGCCGUUCCCGCACCCCCUGGAGCCCGAGCCUGGCGCCCCGGCGCAGCCUGGCCCCGGGAAGCCGAACGACAAAAGGUUCCGGCUGUGGUACGUAGGGGGGUCGUGCCUGGACCGCAGGACCACGCUACCCAUGCUGCCCUGGCUCAUGGCCGAGAUCCGCCGGCGCAGCCUGAAGCCCGAGGCGGGCGGCUGCGGGGCGCCGGCGGCCCGCGAAGUGCUGCUGGUGCUGAGCGCGCCCUUCCUGCGCUGCGUCCCCGCGCCGGGCGUCGGGGCCACUGGGGGCUCCGGCCCGACGGCGGCGCAGCCCAACCCGGCCGUGUUCAUCUUCGAGCACAAGGCGCAACACAUCUCGCGCUUCAUCCACAACAGCCAGGACCUCACCUACUUUGCUUACCUGAUCAAGGCGCAGCCCGACGACCCGGAGUCGCAGAUGGCCUGCCACGUUUUCCGCGCUGCAGACCCCAAUCAGGUUCCUGAUGUUAUCAGCAGCAUAAGGCAGUUAUCGAAAGCUGCCAUGAAAGAGGAUGCCAAACCCAGCAAAGACAACGAGGACGCCUUUUACAACUCUCAGAAGUUCGAGGUCCUGUACUGUGGCAGGGUGACCGUGACCCACAAGAAGGCGCCGUCCAGCCUCAUCGACGACUGCAUCGAGAAGUUCAGCCUGCACGAGCAGCAGCGCCUGCGGCUCCAGGGCGAGCCGCGCGCGGGGGACUCGGGCGAGGACCAGGCGGGAUCCGAGGCUCGAACGCCGGCCUGCCCCGCCGACGUUCUGUCGGAAGAAGGGGCUGGCGUCGCCGACACCCACCCGGUCUUCCCUGCCGCGCCCAGCCAGCCUGGGCCAUCCAGCUCGCGAGUCUGCUUCCCUGAGAGGAUUUUGGAAGAUUCGGGCUUCGAUGAGCAGCAGGAGUUCCGGUCUCGGUGCAGCAGCGUCACGGGGGUCCUGCAAAGGAAAGUUCACGAGAACAGCCAGAAGCCGCAGCCACGGCGGAGGCACGCCAGCGCGCCCAGCCACGUGCAGCCCUCGGACUCGGAGAAGAACAGAACCAUGCUGUUUCAGGUUGGACGGUUUGAGAUUAACCUUAUCAGUCCGGACACUAAAUCAGUUGUGCUUGAGAAGAAUUUUAAAGAUAUCUCUUCUUGUUCCCAGGGUAUAAAGCAUGUUGAUCACUUCGGCUUCAUUUGUCGGGAGUCCUCGGAGCCUGGACUGAGCCAGUAUAUCUGCUAUGUGUUCCAGUGUGCCAGUGAAUCUCUGGUUGAUGAGGUAAUGCUGACUCUGAAACAGGCUUUCAGCACGGCUGCUGCCCUGCAGAGUGCCAAGACCCAGAUUAAGCUGUGUGAGGCCUGCCCCAUGCACUCUUUGCAUAAGCUCUGUGAAAGGAUCGAAGGUCUCUACCCACCAAGAGCCAAGCUGGUAAUACAGAGGCACCUCUCAUCCUUGACAGAUAACGAGCAAGCUGACAUCUUUGAACGUGUUCAGAAAAUGAAGGCAGUCAAUGACCAGGAGGAGAAUGAACUUGUGAUUUUACAUCUGAGGCAGCUAUGCGAAGCCAAGCAGAGGACACAUGUUCAUAUCGGGGAAGGCCCAUUGACUAUUUCAAAUAGUACAAUCCCGGAAAAUGCGACAAGCAGUGGAAGGUUCAAACUUGACAUUCUGAAAAAUAAAGCUAAGAGAUCCUUAACUAGCUCCCUGGAAAAUAUCUUCUCAAGGGGAGCUAACAGAAUGAGAGGUCGGCUUGGAAGUGUGGACAGCUUUGAACGAUCUAACAGUGUUGCUUCAGAGAAGGACUACUCGCCAGGAGACUCUCCGCCAGGGACCCCGCCAGCUUCCCCCCUGUCCUCAGCUUGGCAGACGUUCCCUGAAGAGGAUUCUGACUCCCCGCAGUUUCGAAGACGGGCCCACACAUUCAGCCACCCACCUUCAAGCACGAAGAGGAAGCUGAAUUUGCAGGAUGGGAAGGCCCAUGGGGUUCGCUCCCCUCUUCUGAGGCAGAGCUCCAGCGAACAGUGCAGCAUCCUUCCACCAGCUCGGCGCAUGCACAAGGACUGUAAUUCUUCCUCCAGUCUUCCAAGUCUUCACACUUCCUUCUCUGCCCCUUCCUUCACUGCCCCCUCUUUCCUGAAAAGCUUUUACCAGAAUUCAGGUAGACUAUCCCCACAGUAUGAGAAUGAAAUCAGACAAGACACUGCUUCAGAAUCAAGUGAUGGAGAGGGGAGAAAAAGGACCUCGUCCACCUGCAGCAAUGAGUCCCUAAACGCUGGAGGAACCCCUGUCACUCCUCGCCGAGUUUCCUGGCGGCAGCGCAUCUUCCUCAGGGUUGCCUCGCCCAUGAGCAAAUCUCCCUCCGCGAUGCAGCAGGAUGGCCUGGACCGGAGUGAGCUGCUGCCAUUGUCCCCACUUGCUCCAACCAUGGAGGAGGAACCGCUGAUGAUAUUCAUGUCUGAUGAAGAUGACCCAGAAAAGGGUGAAGAGAGAAAUAAGUCGGAGGAACUGAGGUGUUUGUGGAGAAAAGCUAUACACCAGCAGAUCCUGUUGCUUCGAAUGGAAAAAGAAAACCAGAAACUUGAAGCAAGCAGAGAUGAACUGCAGUCCAGAAAAGUUAAAUUGGAUUAUGAAGAAGUUGGUGCAUGUCAGAAGGAGGUCUUAACAAUCUGGGAUAAGAAGUUGUUAAACUGCAGAGCUAAAAUCAGAUGUGAUAUGGAAGAUAUUCAUACUUCUCUUAAAGAAGGUGUUCCCAAAAGUCGACGAGGAGAAAUCUGGCAGUUCCUAGCUUUGCAAUAUCGUCUGAGACACAGAUUGCCUAAUAAACAACAACCUCCCGACAUAUCCUAUAAAGAGCUUUUAAAACAGCUCACAGCUCAGCAGCAUGCUAUCCUUGUGGAUUUAGGGAGAACAUUUCCUACUCAUCCUUACUUUUCAACACAGCUUGGGGCAGGGCAGCUGUCGCUCUUUAAUCUCUUGAAAGCCUACUCAUUACUGGACAAAGAAGUGGGUUACUGUCAGGGGAUCAGCUUUGUGGCUGGAGUCUUGCUUCUGCACAUGAGUGAAGAGCAAGCCUUUGAAAUGCUGAAAUUCCUCAUGUAUGACCUGGGCUUCCGCAAGCAGUACCGACCUGACAUGAUGUCGCUGCAGAUUCAAAUGUACCAGCUGUCCAGGCUCCUUCAUGAUUAUCACAGAGAUCUCUACAAUCAUCUUGAAGAAAAUGAAAUCAGCCCCAGUCUUUAUGCUGCCCCCUGGUUCCUCACAUUGUUUGCCUCUCAGUUUCCAUUAGGAUUUGUAGCCAGAGUGUUUGAUAUUAUUUUUCUUCAGGGAACUGAAGUUAUAUUUAAGGUUGCCCUAAGCCUGCUGAGCAACCAAGAGACACUCAUAAUGGAAUGUGAAAACUUUGAAAAUAUUGUUGAAUUCCUUAAAAUCACUCUCCCCGAUAUGAAUUCAUCUGAAAUGGAAAAAAUAAUUACCCAGGUUUUUGAGAUGGAUAUUUCUAAACAGUUACAUGCCUAUGAGGUGGAGUAUCACGUGCUACAGGAUGAACUUCAAGAAUCUUCCUAUGCUUGCGAGGAGAGCGAGCCCAUGGAGAAGCUGGAGAGGGCCAACAGCCAACUGAAAAGACAAAACAUGGACCUUCUAGAAAAAUUACAGAUAGCUCAUGCUAAAAUUCAGACCUUGGAGUCCAACCUGGAAAAUGUUUUAACCAGAGAGACCAAAAUGAAGUCUUUGAUCCGGACUCUGGAACAGGAGAAGGUGGCUUAUCAGAAGGCGGUGGAGCAGAUCUGGAAGCUGCUGCCUGCAGAUAUUCUAGCCAACUGCGAACCACUGCUGAGAGACUUAAACUGCAACCCUAACAACAAAGCCAAGACAGGAAACAAGCCAUGAAGACUUGCCACCUCAGCAGGACGUGACCAUUCAAGGAUG